AACGCAGAGAAAAGGGGUGAUCAAGAGAGAAGGAUGCUACAUUCCAUCUUCUUCUCUCCCAUCUCCGAUCAUCUCGCCAUUCCCAGAUGGCAAAACCACUCAUCCGUGGAAUUACUAUUGGAAUUGGACGAGGCAGAAUUAAACCACCUUUCCUUUUCCCGAAAUAGGGUUUGUUGUUUGGGGUUUGUCUCAAUUCUUUGCAAAUAUCUUCAUCUCUUACCCUCCUUAUUCAAAGGUCGAUUUCCUUCCCUUUCACCAGGUUCAGACCCGAUUCUCCCUUCUGGGUGUAUCUGGAUCUCCCCAAAAUCUGUCGAUUCGUUUGACGGGUUUUGGGGGGUCAAUGUAAAUGGGUUGCAUCAGCUCUAAACAUGUUGCUAAAUCUUCUAUUUCCCCUCUUCAUGAUUCUUCCCUCACCUUUACGGAUGAUGCCAAAGCCUCCAGACGUUCUUUGAACUCGUCUACAUUUCGUAAUCGUAAUUACAAUCACGAUCAUAAUUAUGGGUUAUCGGCGAAUAUCAAAGAGGAAACAGAAGACGAUGACAAGAUCAUUAUCGACAGCAAAAGGAGUAAUCUUGUCGUGGAUGAUGGAGGUCUCGAAUCUGUGAAUAACAAUAAGCACUCCAAAAGGCCUGCAUUUACGUUUAAUAUAAGAUUUGGAAGAUCGACAGUAGCUGAACAUGUUGCCGCGGGUUGGCCCGCCUGGCUUAUUGCCGUCGCCGGUGAAGCCAUUGAUGGUUGGACCCCACUAAAAUGGGAAAACUUCGAGAGGUUCGAAAAGAUUGGACGAGGAACAUACAGCAGUGUGUACCGUGCACGCGAUCUCAGAACGGGUAGAAUGAUGGCACUGAAGAAAGUGCGAUUUGAUAAUUCCAAUCCCGAAAGCGUGAGUUUUAUGGCUCGAGAAAUUACAAUUCUUCGAAAGUUAGAUCAUCCAAACAUCGUGAAACUGGAGGGGAUAAUUACGUCCCGUGUGUCAAGUAGCAUUUACCUUGUUUUUGAGUAUAUGGAACAUGAUCUUGCCGGACUUCUAUCGUCCCCCAACAUCAGGUUCAGCGAGUCCCAGAUCAAAUGCUAUAUGCGGCAGUUGCUGAAGGGACUUGCUCACUGCCAUUCGCGAGGAGUUCUUCAUCGAGACAUCAAAACAUCAAACAUUUUGGUGAAUAAUGAAGGACAAGUGAAGAUAGCAGAUUUUGGUCUCGCAAAUCUCCUUGCAUCAAAGAGCAGGCAACCAUUGACGAAUCGUGUAGUGACAAUGUGGUAUCGACCUCCUGAGCUCCUCUUAGGAUCUACAGAUUAUGGGACAUAUGUAGAUAUGUGGAGUGUGGGCUGUGUUUUUGCUGAACUUUUUAAGGGUAGGCCCAUCCUCAAAGGGAGAACAGAGGUAGAGCAAUUGCAUAAAAUAUUUAUGCUUUGCGGCACUCCCCCGGAUGAGUACUGGACGGACCCGGCACUUCCUCUGGCUACAAUGUUUAAACCACAGCAUGCUUAUGAUAGCUCUCUUAAGGAAAAAUUUGAAGAACUCCCGAAAAGUGCCGUGAGCCUAAUCCAGACUCUCCUUUCAAUAGAACCUGACAAGCGUGGGACUGCUGCAUCUGCUCUUGAAUCGGAGUAUUUCAAGACAAAACCUUAUGCUUGUGACCCUGCAAGCUUGCCAAAAUACCCACCCAGCAAAGAGAUGGAUGCAAAGUUUCAAGAGGAACACAGGAAGAAGGCUGGUGUCAGACUUAGGGUAUCUGGGGCUUCCAGAAGUCUGAGAAGAGGCCAAAAGACUAUGCAAGAACAAACUACUUUCUAUAAAGUUUCGACAGAGAGUCAGGCACGUCGAAAUGCUUAUUUUUAUGGGGCUAACGGAUCAGUUGACACAAAAGCGUCAUACGACACAGUAUCGGAUGUUUCCCAAGCCACAGAAGCAUCUCAAGCUGACACGGUUUGUACGUUGCCUGCACAAACUACCACAUCAAGUGGGUGGUCAACAAAAAGGCGAAAACAUGUCAGCUUUGUGACCCCAACAAGUCAAGAUGUCCAUUCGAUAGAGCCAAGACAGGCACCAUUAAUGCCUGAAAGUGAAAAUUUCAGGAGCAGGGCACAAAGUGGGUUGAGAAGAGCGAAUUAUGCAUACGAGUCUCAAGAUUUAUCAUCUCAGCAUCACGAAGAAGAAAGGGUAGAAUACUCGGAAUGGCAUAGAACCAAUGUGAGGCAAGAAGGUUACAGUCGCAAUGGCGUUCCUCGAUCACGAUUUUCAAGAGAUGCAGAAUGAAGAGAGGCAAAUGGAGGUCCAACAGAGCCUGGUGAUUGAUUGAUUGAUUCUUUUUGAAGAAUGAAGGGAGAAGAUGAAGAAGGAGAAGAGAGAAAUGGAAUUGAAAAGCAACAUGCAUGAGAGAAAUGAAUACAAAACACAAGUAAAGGCUUGUAAUCUUUAAGAGGGUUGAUGAAAACAAACAUAAAAAAUCCAUCUUAUCAACCCCUAAUUAACUCUGAUUGAUUUGUAAAUGUUCAUCUUCUGUUCCAUU